AUGUACGGUGACACCGUAUCCGGUUACUCCGGUUACGCGCAGAUUAUUGACGAAAAACGCAGACUUUCAAUUAUAGAUUUAUAUAAAACAUAUCUACCAAAACACCCGGGUUUGCCAUUAUAUAAACUGGUGAAAAAGAUAGCGGAUUCCAUGGGCAUUGGUAAAACGACGGUUGGAAAUGUUAUAAAAGAGUAUAACGAGUCGAAGACGGUGACUAUUCCAAAGAGAAAACGGGCCAAAAAAUCGUUUUUAGACACCUUUGACGAUUUUGACAAGAACGCAGUUCGAGGGCACGUUCAUAAAAUUUGGUUUACUCGUCAAAUUCCAACUGUUGACAAGAUACAUCAAUCCGUUUCCGCCGAUAUUAAUUUACCACCAAUAUCUCGUACUAAUUUAUUUCGUCUGUUAAAAGCAUUAGAUUUCCGUUAUACUAAGCGGAGUCGGAAUAGUGCUCUUACAGAAAAAAAUGAAUUAGUCGAGUGGCGCAGACGUUAUUUACGAGACAUUGAGCGAUAUCGUAAGGAAGGUCGGCAUAUUUAUUACCUUGAUGAGACGUGGGUAAAUGUUAACGAGCGUUCAUCCAAAACACGAGUCAACACAACAAUCAAAUCGGAUAGCAAAGAGCUCUCUACAAGUACUGCUAAUCCUUCAGGCAAAACGCUGAUUGUUCUCGACAUCGGUUCGGAAAAGGGUUUUGUUCCCGAUGCCUUAUUAUGCUUCGAGUCAAAAAAUAAUACAAGCGAUUACCACGACGAAAUUAAUGAGAAAAUAUUUCGUAAAUGGAUGGAAGGCGUUUUACCGCGAUUAAAAUCAAAUUCUGUUGUCGUCAUGGAUAAUGCGUCAUACCAUUGCGAGAAAGUCGAUAAUGCCCCUUCAUCAGAUACCCCGAAAGCUGAUAUAAUUAAGUGGUUAACCGACAAGGGAGUAGUUAUAGAUAAGCCUAUAGUUAUCCCUGAACUACUACAAAUUGUAAAACGUAUAAAGCCACAACACGAAAAGUAUGUCAUCGAUGAACUAGCAAAGUCCCAUAACCAUACCAUCUUAAGGUUGCCGCCGUACCACUGCGAACUCAACCCGAUAAAACUGGCUUGGUCGUCGGUUAAAAAGCACGUUCGAACGAAAAAUAUCAACUGCAAACUUCCAAUUGUCAAAAAAUUAAUAAAACAAGGUGUGAAUCGUGUAAACUCGACCAUGUGGAAAAAUUUUAUACAACAAACGAAAGACGAAGAAAAAAAACUUUAUGACAUCGACUUCAUCAUUGACGAGGUAUUGACCGCGGAAACGUCAGAAACGGUGCUGACCAUUACGGGAGACACGACUUCAAAUUCUGAUUCGGAUUCGGAUUAA